AUGGAGUCCCCCAACAGCAGCACGGCCAGCUGGUCGGACACGUGCUUUGGGGUGUUCAACGCCAGCGAUGGCCGCGACAACGCACAGAGCAGCAUUGCCUCGCCCUGGUUCUCCACUGCCUUCGGCCUCAUCGGCCUCUGCUCCAACCUCUUCGCACUCUGCGUCCUGCUCAGCUCCUCCCGCAAGCUGUCCAGCCAGGCCCGCUCCUCCUUCCUCGUCUUCCUCUGCGGGCUGGUGGUCACAGACUUCAUGGGGCUGCUGGUGACGGCCUCAGUCAUCAUCCCCUACCACUUCAUCAGGUUCGCCUGGGCUGAAGUGGACCCCAGCUGCCACCUCUGCAACUUCCUCGGCUUCUCCAUGGUCUUCUUCGGGCAGUGCCCACUGCUGCUGGGGGCCACCAUGGCCGGCGAGAGGUUCUUUGGCAUCAACCACCCCUUCUCCCGCUCCACCAGCAUCUCCAAGCGCCGCGCCUGGUCCAUUGUGGGGCUGGUGUGGGGCUUCUCCUGCCUGCUGGGGCUGCUGCCGGUGCUGGGGCUGGGACGGUACACGCUGCAGUACCCCGGCUCCUGGUGCUUCCUCACGCUCCUGCCCGACACCGGCGACAUCAUCUUCUGCCUGCUCUUUGCCCUGCUGGGCAUCUUCUCUGUGCUGCUCUCCUUCAUCUUCAACACAGUCAGCGUGGUGACGCUCUGCCGUGUCUACCAUGACCGGGAGUCGGUGCAGCGGCGCCGGGACAGCGAGGUGGAGAUGAUGGUGCAGCUCGUGGGCAUCAUGAUCAUUGCCACCAUCUGCUGGAUGCCCCUCCUGGUGAGGUCCUGGGCCUUGGUGGCCCAGAGGGUCCUGCAGCAGCUGCCGGCCAGCGGCCGGAUCCAGAUGCUGCCCACAGAGACGCAGAAGAUGCUGCUCAUCUACAUCCGCAUGGUCACCUGGAACCAGAUCCUGGACCCCUGGGUUUACAUCCUCUUUCGACGGGCCGUGCUGCAGCGCAUCUACCCCAGCCUGCGCCCCCGGCCCUCCAUC